AUGCCGGGUGAUAACAUUGUGGUGGCGGUGAGGGUGAGGCCUUUUAACGAUCGCGAGAAAGCGAUGAAAGCUCAAUUGGUGAUUGAGAUGGCCGACGGGAAGUCAACCGGGAUCAGAGAUCCAAGCAAUAUGUCGGAAGAGCCAAAAAUGUUCACGUUUGAUCACUCGUAUUGGUCACACGAUGGUUACAAAACGGAAUCCAGCGGCUAUUUGGCGCCAAGUGACUCAAAAUAUGCGGACCAGAAAAAAGUUUUUGAUGAUUUGGGAAAAGGUGUGCUGGACAAUGCAUGGAAAGGCUACAACUGUUCCCUUUUUGCCUAUGGACAAACGGGCAGUGGGAAAAGUUAUUCGAUGGUUGGCUAUAAAGAAAAUAAAGGCAUUGUGCCAAUCGUUUGUGAAGAUCUUUUUAAAAGAAUCGAGAAGAAUAAGAAAAAAAACAAUGGAACACAAUAUGAAGUGUUUAUAUCGAUGUUUGAGAUUUAUUGCGAAAAGGUUUGUGGUGCAUUGAUCAGUUUGAAGAUAGGAAGA